AUGAGGAGUGGCGUUGAGGAUGAGGAAAAGCGUUCAAAAUGGACUUCACACUUUGAUUCAAGUGGGAAAGCCCAGACCAAAGCCUGGGAAAGCCCUUCUGAUUUCGACCAAUUUAGUAAUCUCAUCAAUGUUUGGCCCCGUUUCCACUCAUCGUCUGCCCUCUGCCCUCAUCGUUUGCCCCCAUCUUCAACCUCUGGCCUCAUCGCAUGGUCUGCCUUCGAGGCAGACAAGUUCUGCCUGUAUGACUUCGUGUCAUCCAGCGCUAUCUGGCCGUCUGACUACGAGUCAGAUUACGGUCUACCUACCUCAACACCUCGCCCACAUCCAUCCUCUACAAAUGAUUUUUCAACGACAUCCUCAUCUCCCACCCUUGUCUCCACCGCAUCGACUGGCCUGAUCGCAUGGUUCUGCCUUCGAGGCAGACACGCUUUGGCUGGCACUGUCUGGCUGUCUGACUACGAGUCGGAUGCCUCAACACUGCGCCACUAUCUAUUCGUUCUCUGCGCAAGCGCAUGUCCAGCAACUCAAUUCUAUUUCAUCGUCUGCGGGAAUUUUGAACGCUCAACAUCUUUGUAUUCCAACUACCGAUCGAUAAUCAAAGUUUGGGGUAUGCAAAAUAUGGUAGGGACACUGGCGCGUAUAAUUGUAAGCAUUCUUUUCUCGACACGCUGGAGGAGAUUUUUGAUGAUGACCAUGGCAUCAUCAGUACCGCCAGUAGCCUGGACUCUUACGCGGAGAAGCUCAUAUUCGCCCCAUCACCCAUUUGGACCCUCAUUUUCUAUCAAGCCCGCCUACGUUUCAAUGGCACCGUCUACCAGAAAUGCAGCCCGUCGUGGUGCUACCGGUACUGGCACUCAUGACCCCACAGUGUCUGGCACCUAUGUCAUGCGCACACGCAGUGGUGUUGCCAUCAACCCCCCCGCCAAACAAAAUAAUAAGCGCCAAAGAAAUGCUGUCCCCGAGUCAUCUCCUGCUCCGGAUGACCCUCACCGGCCAAAACCUCGUCCUUUACCCCGACGUUCCUCGGGUACGACCUUUGAGGACUAUGCUCGAAUCCUUGCUCGCCCUCGCAAACAACACUUAAAACCCACAGCGGACUCCGUCUCUUCUGGAAUGGAGUUGCAAAGCGACCAUCCCCCAGAUACACCUGACAUCGACGAUGACGUACCCGUUACGGACACUCGCAUGGAUGAUGAUAUGAACGGCGGUAGCGACAAUGAUGCCGAUGAUGAUAUGACCAAUGAAGACCGUGAACACAGCCAGGCUAACGAAGAUGAGGAUGAGGAUAAUGAUGGCUCCUAUAUCGUUGGGAAGGCUGACGGUUGUCACCGUGAAGACAACGUAGAAGGUGAUAGCGACAACGACGCCAAGGAUGGCGAUGAAGAGCCUGAGGGUGGCGAUGAAGAGCUUGAGGGUGGCGAUGAAGAGCCUGAGGGUGGCGAAAAUAACAAGGACUUCGAGACUUCACAAGCCAGGAGACUUCGGCCUCGAAGGGUCAAGAAGGGCAGCUACAAUUUACAUUUCGAUGAUGGUUCUCAAAGCUCUUCAUCGGAUACCAGCUACCGUGAAGGCCCCGCAACAUCUGAUCAAGAUUCCGCCCAUGAGUCAGAUGCAAACAAAGACCUCGACCCAACCACAACAGCCCGUCUUCACCGCCUGCUAAGCGCAGGAAAAGAAGCAUGCAGCUAUUUCACAUGGUGGCAACCCCACUCCAGCCAGUAUAGUCUUUGGCCCGACGCCGACACGCCGGACAUUGACAACAGUGAGAAUGAAGACGAACCCUCAGGUCAUUUAAAGCGUGGACGGCUAUGUCAGGAGGGCAUCGAUGAGGCUCAGGAACUUGGACAGAAAACAGCAGAAGAAGCUCGGGUGAUUGGCGCCAAGUAUGGCAAGUCCGCGCGCGCUAUUCUCAUUGAGGCUGGUCUGUCCAUCAAGCAUUCACGAUCAGAGUCUGAUUGGAAUGCCCACCAACGCUGGUUCAUGGAUAAUAACCCCCGCAAGGACAAAGAAUCUAUCAUCGACUGGAAAGAACGUCAACGCAAACAUUAUCAUGCGAUGGGCAAGGAUGACGAAGAGUGGGACAUCAUUCGCAACUAUAACGUUACUGGCGGCAAUACCAAUCAAUCACGCGCCAAGACCAUUUUGUCAAUGAGGGAGGAUAUUGCAAGAAAGUUGUCUGCUUAUUCUCGCCUUGAAGGAGUCGAGGCCAUCGGCUGUAUAUUUGAUACAACACAAGACGAGGCUGCUCGACAGGCAUCCGGCUUUGUCGCGGGCUCCGACCUCAUAGUCAAGUUGAUCAAUGAGCAUCAACUGGAUGCUCGCGCAAUAUUAGAUUGGGUCGUGACUGCAACGAAAGCGAAAGGCUACAAUAUAUCCGUGCCGCAGUUCAUGGGGGGAGUAGGGGCUUACGAGAUUCUACUUUCAAAGCCAAACGAGGCUCCCCGCGACCGUUACAGGAGGAUAUGGCCAAUUAUGGUACUCGAGCACACUUCGAAGUUUGGGUAUCAACCCAAAGCAGUCCAGUGGCGGAAGCUUCUUGACUAUGCUUUCCAGUACAAGUUCAUGAUUAAGAACUGGCCUGAAGACGUCCUUCCUAUCGCUAGAGAAAAGAAGUCGAAGGGCAAGCGCCGAGGUCAGGGGCGCACUGUGGAAGACGUCAUGAGUGAAUUAGAUGUCGAUGUACCCGAGAUCGAGUUCGCAGCUUGGCCAGAUGAAUGUAUCAAGCAGCUCAAUGACGAGGUGCCGGAGAUGUUCGACAUUCCCUUGGUGACCAGUGCCUUGGAUGUUGUGCUACGCAAGCUAGUAGACUCCGCCAAAUUUAAGGCGUCUGUCCCUGAAGAUAUAUUGGCAGCUCAUGAAGCACAUCCGGAUGGUCAGACUCCCUCUACUCACGACACGCUGCCAAGUGAUCAUGAAUCUCCUGUCCACUCCGAGCCCCCCGACCUUGCCAUCAAACCAACGUCACCCUACCAAUUUCACAGCAGUACAUCGCCGCGAGGACACUCAUCUUCCUCAAGUUCCCAAAUGUGUUUGAUCGGGAAUCUCGCCCUUGUUCUGCCUACAAGCAGAGAUGAACCUGUCGGGUGGUGGAAGACGACAGGCUAG